CUCUGUAAAAACAAAACCAUGUCGAUCUCCCAUCUACGCAAACUUGCUAAAAAAUCACUGAUUCCCCGAUCUCUCUUCUGCCUAACCACCGCAUCUCCCUUCUCCACCUUCCCCAACUUGCCAACCUCCGCCUACUACGACGAUCUGUCCAACACUUCCCGACAUAACAAGCUUCGUUACCUCAUCAGCAAGCGAGUGAGAGACCACUGCUUCAACACCACCAGCACCUUCAAAUUCAUAACCAACUCCGAAACUUCUCUCUCAAUCCUCGCCGACCUCAUCCAAACCCUGGCUCGCCUCGACAAUGGGUUCCCUCGCAAGAGCGCGUUUGACGCACUCAUAGCCGUCCCUGCAAGCUCAACCGGCUGUCUAACGAGAAAGAAGAAUAUGGAACGCUCGUGGCGCCUGAUAGAGAUAAUGACAGAGCAUGGGAUUUCGCCGGAUAUAACGACGCUUAAUUAUUUGUUAACGGCGUAUUGUUUCAAAGGGGAUUUAACAGCUGCAAGCGGAGUUGUGAAGAGGAUUGAAGAGGAGGGGCUGGGUGUGGACUCGCGUGCUUAAGACGUGCCUGUGUUGGACGCGUGUAAGGAGGGGAAAGUGGAAGGGGCGUUGGUGGUGUUGAGGAGGAUGGAGUGCCGGUGUUGGAAAGAGGAGGGUUUGGAUAGCGAGAAUUUUAGGAUUUUGGGGAGUAAGUUCAUUGAGUUUGAGAGGUUUAAAGAAGCUAAGUUGGUUUUGGAGGAAAUGUGA